AUGCACCUGUCGUCGAGUUACCCUCCUCCUCAGCCCAUCACGUCGCCGUUCAACCAGCCCUCGCCUCUGACCGCACCGCGACCCCAACCCCCGCCGAGCGCCAUCCCCUCGGAGCGCCUCGCCAACACGGCCGACGCCUGGGCCAGAGGCUCGACGGCCUCGCCCGCCCCGCCGCCCAGCAUGACGUCGCUCAACGCCGCCUACGCACCCGCACCGCAACCGCCCAUGCCCCCUCACCCUCCUCCCGGCGGCUACUACGCGAGCCAGCCGUACGGCCCCGGCCCACCGCCGCCGCAGGGCGGCGACUACCUCGCCCCGCGACCGGCGAGCUACUCGGUCGGCCAGUCGGUCCCGCAGAACAUGUACGGCGGCGUCGACCCGAUGCAGGGCCGACCGGCGUCGUACGCUGCGCCCAUGUCGGGCCCGUACGGCGCCAUGCCGCCGCCGCCCCAGCCGCCCGUCCAGCCCGGCGGCUACUUUCCGCCGCCGCAGCAGCAGCCGCAGGCGGGCUACCUCACGCCGGCGCCGCCGUCGAUGAUGAUGGGCGGUCCUCCGCCAUCGGCGCCGGGCCAGAUGCAGGGCGGGAGCGGGUUCGUGCAGCGGCCGCCGAGGGCGGCGAGCAUGCAGCCGAGCGACUUUGCGGCGCUCAGCGGCGGGUUCGACGCCAUGAGCCUCGGCGGCGGCGGUGGGGCAGCAGGAGGAGGGGCAGCGCCGGGAGGGUACCUGCCGGGCCAGCCCGGCCGGCCGAACUACUACGCCAACCCGGAGGACGGGCCGCCGCACAAACUCGCCGUCACGCACCCUGAUCAACCUAUGCUCGCGUCCAUGCGCGACACGGCGCUCGCCAACGGCGGCGACCCGCAGCGCAAGGUGGCCUGGGCCAAGCAGGUCCUCAAGUUCAUCGAGCGGCAUCAGGCCUCGGCCGGCGAGUCGUCCCGCAUCAGCGACCCGACGCUCGUUCGCUGGACCGACGAGGCGCUCAACCACAUCCUCGCGUCGGCUUCGUCCGCCAACCCUGUUCCGCUCGCCCUGUACCUGCGCGGCGACUUGUCGGCGUCGGGCUCGUUCCCGUCGUACCGGUCCAAGGACCUCAAGUCGUCGUUCCGCGAUUUCGAGGCGGCCGCCAACGCCGGCUACGUCAAGGCGUGGUUCCGCAUCGGGCGCGCGUACGAGGACUUUGGCGACAUUCGGCGGGCCGUGGGCGCCUACGAGAAGGGCGUCGAGAAGGGCGACUGCGGCAGCACGUACCGCCUCGCCAUGGCCUACCUCCUCGGCCAGAUCGGCGUCCAGGGCGACAUCCCCAAGGCGUUGGGCUUGCUCAGGAGGGCGGCCGACUCGGCAGACCUCGACACGCCGCAACCGCCAUACAUCCUCGGCAUGCUCCUGAGCGGCGAGUUCGACUCGCCGAGCGUCCAGCUCGACAAGAGCCAGAUCCCGCUCGACAUGGACGAGGCGAGGUGGCGCAUCGAGCGCUCGGCGUACCUGAGCUUCGGACCGGCGCAGUACAAGAUGGGCUACUCGUACGAGUACGCGUCGCUCGGGUGCCUGUUCGACCCGCUCCUGUCCGUCCAGUACUACGCUCUCGCAUCGCAAAAUUCCGAGGUCGAGGCCGACAUGGCGCUCUCGAAAUGGUACCUGUGCGGCUCCGAGGGGCACUUCGAGGCCAACGAGAAGCUCGCCGUCACGUUCGCCGAGAAGGCGGCCGCCAAACAGCACCCGUCGGCCGAGUUCGCGCUCGGGUACUACCACGAGGUCGGCAUCGCCGGCCCUAUCGACCUCGACAAGGCGAGGAGGUGGUACAGCAGGGCGGCCGGUCACGGCAACGAGGACGCCAAGCAGCGGCUCGAGGCCCUCCAGCAGUCGAACCCGGCGGCGCUCAACCGCACCGACCACGACGCCCACCUCGAGAACAAGCUCGUGCGCAAGCGCACCCAGGCCAAGGUCCGCUCGGACGCGCAGCGCGACCGCCUCGCCGCCAACCAGCUCGCCGCCAACCUGUCGGGCGCCAAGCUGUCGUCGUCGCAGGGUCCGAGCGGGCCUCGUCCGCCGCAGAUCAACGUGCCCGCCGCGCAGGCGCAGUACCAGCAGCCGUACCGCCAGAGCACGGCCGGGUCCGUCGCCUCGUCGUCGUCGAGCUCGUACCGGCGCAACACGAUCAAGCAGGUCGAGGCCGCCGUCCAGAUGGCUCCUCCACCGCCGAGCACGCCCAACCCGAUGCGCCCACCGCCACAGCAGCAGCACCUGCAGCCGCAGCCGCAUCAGCGGUACUCGUCGCCCGGACCUCCUCGGCCGCAGAGCUACCAGCUCUCGGACGCGCCGCCGUCCUCGCUCCCGACGACGCAGCGCCCGCCGCAGCAGAUGUCGAGGCCGCAGACGAUCCAGGUCUCGCAGCAGCUCGCCGACCAGCACAAGCCCGCCACGUUCGCCGAGAUGGGCAUCAAGACCAGUAAGGCCAAGAAGGACGAUUGUUGCAUAUCGUGACGAUGUCCUCGGCGCUGC